CUGCAGUAGUAAAGCGGUUUGCUGCUGUCUCAUUCACUAUGAGCUCUGUUUCAGUUCUAUAUGAAGGCAGGGGCCGUCAUUCAGGAGGAUAUUUCUGAGGCAUCUCUGAUUGUUGGAGUGAAGAGGCCCCCGGAGGAGAAGGUCAUCCCCAGGAAGACGUAUGCUUUCUUCUCCCAUACCAUCAAAGCUCAGGAGGCCAACAUGGGUCUGCUGGAUGACCUGCUCAACAAGGAAGUUCGUCUUAUUGAUUAUGAGAAGAUGGUUGACACCAAUGGUUACCGUAUUGUAGCAUUUGGCCAGUGGGCUGGGGUUGCAGGAAUGAUUAACAUUCUUCAUGGUUUGGGACUUCGUUUCUUGGCUCUUGGCCACCACACUCCUUUCAUGCACAUUGGCAUGGCACACAACUACAGGAACGUCAGCCAGGCCAUCCAGGCUGUGAGGGAUUGUGGUUAUGAGAUUUCCAUGGGACUCAUGCCCAGAUCCAUUGGCCCCCUCACCUUUUGCUUCACUGGAACAGGAAAUGUCUCCAAGGGAGCCCAAGAUAUGAUCAAUGAGCUUCCUGUUGAAUAUGUUGAACCUCACGAGUUGAAAGAUGUCUCUGAAACUGGAGAUAUGAACAAAGUGUAUGCCACAGUUCUGAGCCGACGCCACCACCUGGUGAGGAAGAGCGAUGGCAACUAUGAUCCCAUGGAGUAUGAGAACCACCCAGAACUCUACACCUCACACUUCAGAACCAGCGUUGCUCCCUACACAACAUGUCUGAUUAAUGGCAUCUACUGGGACCCCCACACCCCAAGACUCCUCAGACGCCUUGAUGCCCAGAGGCUCAUCAGACCCCUUAAAUCCUUGAGUGCUCUCAACGAGGGGUCACCAGCGCUGCCUCACAAACUGCUGGCCAUCUGUGACAUAUCUGCAGAUACUGGAGGCUCCAUAGAGUUCAUGACUGAGUGCACCACCAUUGAUAAGCCUUUCUGCAUAUAUGAUGCAGACCAGCACAUAGACCAUGACAGCGUGGAGGGAAAUGGGAUCCUCAUGUGCUCAAUCGACAACCUUCCUGCCCAGCUCCCGAUUGAAGCCACUGAGUACUUUGGAGAUCGACUCUUCCCCUACAUCUGGGAGAUGCUGCUCUCAGAUGCCACCAAGUCGCUUAAUGAAGAGGAGUUCAGCCCACAAGUCAGAGAUGCCAUCAUCACCUCCAAUGGAGCUCUCACCCCAAAGUUUGAGUACAUUGAAAAAAUGCGAGAGAAAAGGGAAAAGGCUCAGAUCCUGAAGAGAACUGGUAUGAAGAGAGUUCUGCUGCUGGGCUCAGGUUACGUCUCUGGGCCUGUGGUGGAGUAUCUGAGCCGGGAUGAGGGGACCCAGGUGACUGUUGCGUCUAUGCUUCUGAAACAGGCUGAGGAGCUGGCAGCCAGGUAUCCCAACACCAUCCCCAUCAUGCUGGAUGCCAGCAGUCAGGAGGGACACCUGGACUCUCUGGUCACAGAUCAUGACCUGGUCAUCAGCAUGCUGCCUUACUCUUUCCAUCCCAUUGUCGCCAAACACUGCAUAAGGAGGAAGGUGAACAUGGUGACUGCCAGCUACCUGAGUCCUGCUAUGAAGGAGCUGCAGAGCAGUGUGGAGGAAGCAGGCAUCACCAUUGUGAACGAGAUGGGACUGGAUCCAGGCAUCGAUCACAUGCUGGCCAUGGAGUGUAUCGAGCAGGCUAAGGCUGAUGGCUGCACUGUGGAGUCCUACAGCUCGUUCUGUGGUGGGCUUCCUGCUCCGGAGUGUUCAGAUAAUCCUCUUCGCUACAAGUUCAGCUGGAGUCCUUACGGUGUCCUCCUAAACACAAUGAACCCAGCUGUCUUUCUCAGAGAUGGCGAGGUGGUGAGCAUCCCUGCAGGUGGGACUCUGAUGGAUUCGGCCACAGCGAUGGAUUUCUUCCCAGGUUUCAGCUUGGAGGGAUUUCCAAACCGCGACAGCACCAAGUACGCCGAGCCGUAUGGCAUCCAGACGGCACACACACUCAUCAGGGGAACCCUGCGCUUCAAGGGCUUCUCCAAAGCCAUGGGUGGCUUUGUUAAGCUGGGACUGAUCAACACUGACCCCAAUCCUGUCCUCCUGCACCCUACGUCUACCAUCUCCUGGAAAGAACUCCUCUGUCAUCAGAUGGGCUUGUCCUCCUCCAUGUCCCCAGAAGCUUUUGAGGAAGCAGUCUAUAAGCAGGUUGGAGAGGACCAGUUCAGAAUGGACACCUUGAGAUGGCUGGGGAUGCUGAGCGACGACGCUGUGCCUCAUGCUGACACCAUUCUGGCUUCACUCGCAAAGCACCUGGAGGCCAAGCUCUCUUUUGCUAAAGGUGAGCGGGACUUGAUCAUCAUGAGGAACGACGUGGGAAUUCGACAUCCAACCGGAGAGCUGGAGAUGCGACAGAUCAGCCUGGUGGUCUAUGGGGAACUGAACGGUUUCUCUGCCAUGGCCAAGACUGUAGGAUACCCAGCAGCCAUUGCUGCCCGCAUGGUUCUCGAUGGGGAAAUCAGUAGAAAAGGUCUGCUGGUCCCAAUGACCAAUGACAUCUAUGGGCUGGCGUUGGCUCGGCUCAAGGAGGAAGGACUGCACAUCAUAUCCAAGAGCAUCCUGCAGGAGUAGAACAUAGUCUGCAGAUGUUAGAGAACCUGCAGAAAUCCAAAGAACUUUGAAAGUGGAUAAAAUCAGCUUUUGAUAACUUUACACGGGUUCCUUUAACACUAUAAAACUCAUCUGUCUGCUUUUGUCUGAUUAUUUUAUUUUAUUUUUUUGAGAAAUGUUUUUGCUAGACCUACUCGCUUGUCAUAUAAAACUUUAAGUGUUAAUAAAAAUGUGAAAGCAGCA